ACGUGAAUAGUUACUGCAUUGUCGUACUCAGGUACUGGGUUCGAAUCUCACCUCGAUAAAAACAUGGUUGUGACAUAAAGGAGUAGCCGAGGAUGAUGUUUUAUGUAUAAAAUAGAUUUUGACUCUUAAUCAAUUAAUGGAACGGCAGCGGGCAGAAAACGUCGCGUUCAUAAUACAUUAACCCCGAGGCUACAUUGUUACUCGCGACGAUGUAACAAAGGAUGUCAUCACGUCUUACUGGCUAACCGUUAGAGAUGGAAUUUUCAGGUUAAAGCGAAAAUCACUUUUAGUUGAUUUGUUAAACGUUUGGAUUUCGGGUUCAACAUGUUCAGACAAGCGUGUUUCUUGGUUACGAUUUUCUGUGCUGCGUGUUGUAUGGCAGGCAAGAACCACAACCACAAAACGCACACAACCUACUCAAACAAAAGUUUAUCGAGAAUACCUUCCAAUCUUUCUGUCACAAGGACAUCGUUGGCGUUUGACCACAAUCAUAUUAGGAACAUCACAAAUAACACUUUUGUUGGAUCAAAGCAGUUGACAAGUUUGACAAUUGCAUUUAACAAUCUAUCGCUUAUUGAAGCCAAUGCUUUCCGAGGCUUGACGCACCUGUCACGGUUAAAUCUGGACUACAAUAAAAUCACAACGGUUGAAAACUACUUUGUGCCCGAUUUGGGCAACCUGACGUAUUUAGAUUUGGCGGGAAACGAUAUUCGUAUUAUUUCACAACACGCGUUAGAUCAUUUGGUAAAAUUGAAGGUAUUAAUUCUUGGUAAAAACAGCAUCAGUUCUAUUCACAAACACGCCUUCACCAAACUAACAAAGUUACAGAUACUUGAUCUUCAGAGCAAUGAACUGACCGUUCCAUCUCAGUAUUGGUUCACAUUCAGUAAGUUGACAACACUAAAUUUUAAAGCAAAUAAUUGGAUUUGCGACUGCCAUGUACUUAAAUACCAGAGAUGGUUAAUGAAACAAUCAAGGACACAUAAUAAUCUAUACGAUAUUCAAUGCCAAGAACCACAAAGAGUGUCUGGGCACAAACUAUCUACAAUCCAUUCAAGCGGUUUAUCUUGUCCGCCUGCUACUGUGUCAGUACCUCACCAUGCACAAACAACAACAACACAUGCACAUCCACAUGUGGCUUCAACAACGACACAACAACUCAUCGAACACACACUUCAACAAAAACACAUGCGCAUCCACAUGUGGCUGCAACAACAACAACAACAACAACAACAGUUGCAACAACAACCAAAUCAACAAUUGUAAAACCUCAUCAUGUAGAAAAACACACAUACUCAAAAGGUUCCUCCAUCACUCUACAAUGUAGUAGCACAAUGUUUCCUGAUUCCAACUGGUUUCAUAAAAAGAAACAAUAUACUAAGGGUGUGAUUGGCACAAACAACUCUCUCACACUUAAAGGCUUGACUUCAUCCAGCAGUGGUUUGUAUUGUUGCAAACGUGAUAGUCAUAACUUAAGUUGUCACAAACUUGUCAUGCAACAGCAUAAGGAACAUCACACAUCACCCGUGGUUUAUGUUAUUGUUGUAUUUUUUGUCCUCCUUGUAGUAUUUGGUGCCGGAUUUUGUUUUUGGAAACGUAUUCGAAAAGCAAGAAGGGAAAGCUAUGGGUUGCUUAGUGACCAGCAUGCGUUUCAUCCAUCUGUUGAUGGAUUGUCACAUAAUAAUGACCCAAGAACAGCUUUGUGAUAUCAUAAUGAUCUGCCUUCCAGAGUGUUGUAAACAACAAGCUUGGUAGAUUUGAACAAGAAAUGCAAGACUUUAAACUGUUUUAAUACCCACAGCUAGAAGCUAACACUGCUGUGGCCCCAUUUGGGUUUCAAACCCCUGCUUAGCCUACUGUAAAAUGUUGUACAUUUUUUGAACUCUGUGUUUAUUGAUCAUAAAAUAACAUUGCUACAAAAAACAUGCGGAAAAGCGGAAACCAUAAUUAAAAGAUUGUUCCUGU